CGUUUACGUCAUUGCAGAAUUCCAAAUAGCUGGAUGCGUCAUCAAGAAUGCUAUCAAUGCUAACGGUUCCAUCUACAUGAUAUGUAGAUCUGCGGUUAGCGACCGUCUCACACUGACGUUGAUUUUGCCGACGUUAAACGUCUGCCGCAGCUGCAAACCGUAAACAACGAAGGAUGUGAAGCAUUUUUCUGUUUUAUAGCAAACUUAUUUUCUUUCAGUAUGGCUCAAGCGGCGGAGAAAGCUUAUUAUCGCUUCCUGGUUCUCUUCUUUAACUGCCUCCUGACUUUUGGUUCCUACUUCUGCUUCGACAUCCCCAGCGUCCUGCAGGACCAGUUCCAGGGGAACCUCACAUGUCCCAAUGCAACAGUGAUCAAUGGGACUGUGGACUGUGUAGAGGGGCUGGGGAUGAGUCCGCAGCAGUACAACCUCCUCUACGCCAUAUAUGCUUGGACGAACGCUGUGGUGGUGAUUAUGGCCGGAUUCCUGAUCGACAAAUUAGGAAAUCGAUUCGGGGUGUUUCUCUUCUCCUUUCUGUGUGUUCUGGGCUCGUCGCUGUUCGCUCUGGGCUCCCACUUCAGAGGAACUCCCUACCUGCUUCCUCUCAUGCUCACGGGACGUUUAUUAUUCGGUUCCGGCAACGGAUCUUUGACCAUUGUGCAGAACCGCAUCACAGCGUUCUGGUUCAAAGGGAAGGAGCUGGCGCUGGCCUUCGGUGUGACGCUCGCCUUUUCCCGCCUCGGUUCGGUCCUCAACUUCUUCUUCACGCAGAAGUUUGAAGACCGAUACGGCAUGCAGUGGACGCUGUGGGGUGGCGCUCUGCUGUGCGUGCUCGGCUUCGUUUCUGCGGUCGUCGUGAGCGCUCUGGACAAGAUGGGCAUGAGGCAGCUGGGCCUCGACGGGGCCAUCGCAGAGGAGUCCCGCAAAGUGAGGGUUCAGGAUGUGAAGCUGCUGUCGCUCCGGUACUGGCUGCUGGUUCUCACCAUCAUGUUCUUCUACAACGGCAUUUUCCCCUUCAUCGCUGAUGCCAGUAAGUUCAUCCAGGAUAAAUACAGCGACUACAGCCAGAAGGAGGCGGCGUACGUCGCGGGCGCCGUGUACGACAGCUCGCUGGUGCUCUCGGCCGGCGUGGGCAUCCUCAUCGAUUAUGUGGGCCUUCGGGGAGUUUUUGCGGUGGCCUGCGCCGUUUUCACGCUGCCCGUCUUCGGACUGCUGGCCUUCACCUUCGUCCCUCCUCUGGUCUCCACCAUCUGGCUGGGAGUCACUUACUCCUUCGCUGCCGCCAGCAUGUGGCCGUCCAUCCCCCUGGUGGUUCCUCAGGCCACGCUGGGAACGGCCAUGGGCUUGGCCACCUCCAUGCAGAUGGUCGGCAUCGGAGUGUCCAACCUGAUCGUCGGGCAGAUUUUGGGCACCAAAUCCAGUGAAGCUAAAAUCCCGCUGUGGCGCUGGCAGAGGAUGAUGAUCUUCAUGCUGGCCAACACCGUCUGCUGCAUCGUCGCCUCACUUCUGCUCAACAUCGUCGACCGCAGACAGGGCGGGACGCUGAACAAGACGACCAAAAGGUCGCGGCCGGCGGAGGGAGACGCCGAGCGAGAGCCGCUCACCCGGACGCAGGAGGAGGAGCAAAACCAGACCAAUUCCAUCAACUCAUGAGGUUUUCUCAUGUUUUAUGUCUCAAAAUGACAAACGAGUUGCUCUGUAGCAACUCAGUCAAGUUCAACUUUCUCCAGGCCGACUUUUUUUUUUUUUUUUUGGGCUGCUCUAGAAAGAAAAAAUGGAGCAAAUUUCUGCCAAAAAAUGUGAAAAGGAGAACGUCUGAGUUUGAAAAGUCUUGAAAAAAUUCAAGAAUUUUGUUGAAAAAGUCUUGGAAAGUUUGGAGUUUUAAUGUUGAAAAUUUUCUAGAAAACAAACUCAGAAAUUUUAAGAUUAAUCUCAGAAAUUUUGUAGAACAAACUUGGAAAUUUCUGAAUUUGAAAAGUUGAAAAUUUGCUUGAAGAAACUCGAACUUUUAUAUUAAUCUUAUAAAAUUUCUAGAAAAACUGGAAAAUUUCUGAGUUGAAAAAGUCAUGAAUUUGCCAGAAAACU